AUGGCCGACGUUGAAAAGAAAGCCCGUCUGUCGGGUGAACAGACGAGAACCGCAGAGCCUGCAACAAUCCUGCCCACUCACAACACACCUGCGCCUGAGAAACAACAGCCGCCUGCGCCUUCACUUCAUCCGGCCUUCUACGUGGUGACAUGGAUCGGCUUCAGUGGUGGUGUUAUUUUGUUCAACAAGUGGUUGCUGGACACGCUCGGUUUCAAAUUCCCCAUUACCCUCACGGCAUGGCACAUGAUUUUCGCUACCUUCAUGACCCAAGUUCUCGCGAGGACUACAACCCUGCUUGACGGACGCAAAAAUGUCAAAAUGACUGGACGAGUCUACCUGCGCGCAAUCCUCCCCAUCGGUUUCUUCUUCAGCUUGAGCUUGAUUUGUGGAAACAAGGCAUAUCUCUACCUGAGUGUGGCUUUCAUUCAGAUGCUCAAGGCUACAAUGCCGGUUGCAGUUCUUCUGACCAGCUGGUCCAUGGGAGUUGCGCCUCCGAGUCUGAAGACCCUGGGCAAUGUCUCUUUCAUUGUGAUCGGCGUUGUCAUUGCAUCGUAUGGCGAGAUUGAGUUCAACUUGACCGGAUUCCUGUAUCAGGCCGGCGGCAUCACCUUUGAGGCCACACGCUUGGUGCUCGUCCAACGCCUCCUCAGCUCUGCCGAGUACAAGAUGGACCCGCUUGUUUCACUCUAUUACUUUGCGCCUGUGUGUGCAGUCAUGAAUGGAUUGACGGCGUUGAUUGUGGAGGUCCCCAACAUGACCAUGAACACCAUUUAUGAUGUGGGCAUCUUCAUGCUCAUUGCCAAUGCCAUGGUGGCAUUCAUGUUGAACGUAUCGGUGGUGUUUUUGAUCGGAAAAACAUCGUCUCUGGUUCUCACGCUUUGCGGUAUCCUGAAAGACAUUCUCCUGGUCGCGGCAUCAAUGAUGAUCUGGGGCACCCCUGUCAGCAAGACCCAGUUCUUUGGUUACUCUAUCGCCCUCGGUGGACUUCUGUACUACAAGCUUGGCUCCGAGCAGCUCAAACAAUACGUUUCUCAUGCAGGCCGUUCCUGGUCCGAGUUUGGUGUUCAGCGACCGGCCAUGCGGAAAGCUCUGGUCCUGGGACUGGUUUUGAUCACUCUCUUCGUCCUCCUUGGCGGACUGGCUCCAACCUACGCACCUUCUCAGACGAAGAAUCUGAAAGACAUGCUCAGCACCGGUCUCGGAGCAUGA